UUGGGUACCGACAGUUCAGUACCUCACUAUAAAAGAAGUCUUUUUACGGAAUUGUUAAAAGUUUGCAUUUAUGCCACAAUAAAUAUACAUAUGUUUAUCAAAGAAUAUGAUCGCGGCACAGAAUUUCAUUUAGCCUUUGAACGAAAGAAAUUUCAAGAUUAAGAAGUAAGGCAAAGGUGCAGGAUGUGGGAUUCUUCUGUUUUCCUGAGCACACUGACUCCAAAGUUUUAUGUUGCCCUAACCGGCACCUCAAGCCUAAUAUCCGGGCUGAUUUUAAUAUUUGAAUGGUGGUAUUUUCGCAAAUAUGGAACUUCGUUUAUAGAACAAGUUUCAAUAAACCAUAUCAGCCCCUGGAUUAAUGGAAGUGAUGCUCAAAGCGAAACUAAUGGAAAUGGUAACAAUGGUAACGCAAAUGGUACCGCCGGAAGCACUAGUAAUCAGUCAACAGGAGCGAGUCAGCAAAUGCCAGAAUGCAAAGUUUGGCGAAAUCCUUUAAACUUGUAUCGAGGAGCUGAAUAUCAACGCUUCUUUUGGGCUACAAGCAAAGAGCCUCUUACGUAUUACGACAUGAAUUUGAGUGCACAAGAUCAUCAGACGUUUUUUACGUGUGAAGGUGAUGCAAGGAAAGAGGAAUAUGAAAUAAUGCAAACAGCCUGGCGCGAACGAAAUCCUGUUCAACGAAUAAAAUCAGCUCACAAUGCGUUGGAAAUCAAUCCAGAAUGUGCGUCAGCUUAUAUUUUAUUGGCAGAAGAGGAGGCAACUACUAUCGUUGAAGCAGAGAAAAUUUUAAAAACUGCUCUAAAAGUAGCAGAGACAAAUUAUCGAAGGUCACAGGCCAUUCAACAUCAAGGCCCUAUAGCUGAAGGUAUACAUCGUCGUGAUACAAAUGUGUUAAUCUACAUUAAGCGACGUCUAGCUAUGUGUGCACGAAAGCUCGGAAAACUGAAGGAGGCUGCGAAGAUUUUUCGUGAUCUUAGCAAAGAGAUACCGUCUAUAAUGAAUGUGCUAAACGUGCAUGAAAAUCUCAUAGAGACUCUGCUGGAGAUGCAAGCUUAUGCCGACUGCCAAGCAGUUUUGGCCAAGUAUGAUGACAUUUCGUUGCCCAAGUCGGCGACAAUAUGCUACACUGCAGCUUUGUUAAAAGCUCGAGCUGUGGCAGAUAAAUUUUCUCCCGAUAUAGCCUCAAAACGUGGACUUAGUUCAAUUGAAAUGAGUGCGGUGGAAGCUAUCCACCGCGCUGUAGAAUUUAACCCACAUGUACCAAAGUAUUUAUUGGAAACAAAGCCACUCAUUUUACCGCCGGAACACAUCUUGAAGCGCGGUGACUCAGAGGCUCUUGCAUAUGCCUUUUUCCAUCUAAGACAUUGGAAAAAUGUGGAUGGAGCAUUAAAUUUAUUGCACUGUACUUGGGAAGGUACGUUUCGUAUGCUACCAUAUCCACUAGAACGCGGUCAUCUAUUUUACCCUUAUCCGACUUGUACAGAAUGCGCUGAUCGGGAAUUGCUGCCGUCAUUUCAUGAGGUUUCAGUUUACCCCAAAAAGGAAUUGCCAUUUUUUAUUCUGUUUACAGCAGGCCUUUGCUCUUUCACUGCGCUUUUAGCUCUGCUUACACAUCAGUAUCCUGAACCGAUGGGUGCACUCGCCCAAACUGUACUUAUUUGGUUAUCGUAUCCAUUUCACCUGCUGAAAGAACGUAUCGAAGCAUUGUGGCCGUGCAAUUUUCUUCAUCAGUUGACGCGGGUUUGA